AUGGUACAUCGUCAAGCGUCAAAUUUAUCGCCGGUGCCAGAAAUUCACGGAUCUGUUACCACAAAAAAUAAGCGGAAGAACUUUAAUCCGCGUUUCACCUCAGCCACAGAAGAUUUCGCGCGUGAUCAUGACAAUAAUUCGUCAUUAACGACCACUGAGCUCACAGUAAAGAUCGAAAAAGGCUCCAAAUACUCGAGUGACGAAGAAGACGAACAAGAAACGGAAAACGUUGACACUCUGCAUCGAUUGCAGCAACAAAUGAAUCAAUUCAAUGAAAAAGAUGUCGCUGAAAGACUCGCGCGAUUUCCGUUAGCGGAGGAGAAUUUGGCGAACGCGAUUGAACAAACGCGCGCCAAAACCUUAAAAGAUGUCGUCAGUCCGGACCAGGAGGCGAAAUAUCGGGAUUUUGCCUUUAAAACGAUGCAAGAGUUACUUAACAUCUACGGAUUGUCGCUGAGCUUCAACGACAUGGUCGACGCUUUCAAACAACAAAAACUCCAAAUGGAAAGUAAUGGGCCUCAGCUAGAGCCCCCCACGCCACCACGUACCCCUAUUAUCUCCGCAUCGACAAGUAAUGGCGGCGACGUAACGCGGACGCCAACGAAACCCGUGGCAACCAAACCCACAAUUACGUUGAAGCCGACUUCGAAGCUGAUGCCGGAACAUCAUCGCGGAAGUGUGUCCGACUUGUCGGAAUGUGAAGAUGUGAAAAAGCAGAAAUUGAGUGAUUUAGAUGAUAAUUUUAGUGAUCGCGAAUCGAAUAAGGCAUACGACUUUAGUCGCUUCAAUGACGACUCGAAUAUGAGCGAUGCCGGCAACAAUAGCGAUCAAGAUAGCGAUAUGGGUCUGACGAUUGACUCAAAUAACUCAUUUGAAUCACGACUUUCGCUACCAAACACACGAAAACUAAUGGAUAAUAAAUCACAAACACCUCUGCCAUUUUUAUCGCCGUUGUUACAUCUCGCCCAACUACAAAACGAAGCUGGAGAGAAACAAUUAUCAGAUUACGCGAAAUACUUGACCAAAUACACGUCGUACAUGGAUUGCAACAAUGAGCAAUGUCAAGCGGACAACAUGCGAGAACAUUAUCACUGUUACAACAUCCAGUGCUAUGGGCGUGUCUUGAACAAGAAAGAGGAAAUAAUUCGGCAUCUCAAGUGGCACAAGAAGCGCAGCGAGUCCCUCAAUCACGGCUUCCUGCGAUUCAGCUCGAGCGACGACUGCAACUCGCAGUACCCCAAUUGCCAGCACAACCGCAAACAGACACAUUACCAUUGCUUAUACUGUGAUAAAUGCUACAUUAGUACGAGUGAUGUGCAGAUGCAUUCGAAUUAUCAUCGCAAGGAUUCCGUCAUUUAUAAUGAGGGAUUUCAGCGUUUUCGUGCCACGGAGACUUGCAAUGCGGAUUAUUGCACGUUUUAUCGGCAACGGACGACACACUUCCACUGUCGACGCGACAACUGUAAAUAUACGUUCAAAAAUAAGGCUGAUAUGGAAAAACACAAGACUUUCCACAUAAAAGACGAACAAUUGCUCAAGGACGGUUUCAAAAAGUUCCUCAAGGCCGACGAAUGUCACUUCCCAAAUUGCCGUUUCAGCCUCGUGUGCAACCACAUUCAUUGCGUACGCGAAAAUUGCAACUACGUCCUUCACUCUUCGGGGCAACUUCUCAGUCACAAGCGAAAACACGAACGCAUCGAUCACGAGGAAGCCUAUCGUCGUUACAAAAUGACGCAAAAGAACAACGACGGCAGCAGUUCAUCGUCUCCCGGUCUUCACGGAGGCGCAAUGUCACCCGAAGUCACCUUAACGGUUCCCUUCACCGAAAGUACGUCACCCAGCAACAAUGCGGAACUAGUUUUUCAACAACUUCAGAUGCAACAACCGUCGAAAAAUGCUCCUGCGAAGAAAGUCGUUGAAAUUCACAAAGAAAGUGAAAAUUUGGAAGAUGGCAUCCCAAAGUCAAUUAUUCAGACGUCAUCUUUUCUGGAAAAGGCAACAACUGUCGAAGAAGUUGAAAAUAUGAUUCGCACGUAUUUUUCGGACAAUUGCACGAAGCAACGUGAUGAGCCGUUGAACUUGAAGCAUGAAGACGAGCCAAGUGGAUUAAUUGAGUGUUUCAUGACUUCGAAUGAUCCGCAUUUGCAUUGUUUGGUUCCCGCAUGCGAAGCAGUCUUGCCAAAGAGCUUAAACGACAUUUCCGAGCACAUGAAGAUGCACGAAUUGACCAAAAAUGGCGAAAAUAUCGGAAGUGGCUCAAAUUUGCAGCAGAUAACGUCGAUCGAGGGAUUUUUCAACCGAAAACGCGGAAGACCUCCAAAGAAUCGCGUCGUCGAGGUUUAUAAUAAUUCCCAAAUGCCACCACAAGCCAUUUUCACGAGUUUCAAGCUGGAAAAGCACGAUCAAGCGCCGUCUAAAAUCCCCCAUAACAACAACAACAACGAACAAUCCUCAUCCGGAUUCAAAUUCCCCAAUAAUUCCCUGUCUUCGUCUUUGGACAAAGUCCGUAUCUACCAACCGACGGAAAAAUGUCUCGAUUCCGGAUGCAUCUAUGAUCAGUGCCUUCAUUUCCAUUGCGCCUAUCCGCGAUGCCAUUUCGUCGCCAAUUACUCCAACUCCAUGGAACACCAUUUGGACGAGUUUCACGAUCAAAUCAAAAUUCUCGAAAAUUACGAAUUUUUCGACAGCAACUACGAUUGCGGCAAACAACCUUUCGAAUGUCCGAACAACAAAAAUAACAAGCACUUCCACUGCGGGAAGUGUCAAUACAGCUUUUUGAAUCCGGCAGAGAUGGAAACGCACAUUUGUCGCUUGCUCAUCAAGAGUUCCAACUCGUCGGAGCAAAAAAGUGAGAUUAAGUUGUUCAAGCCGCACGCGAAUCUCGAUGAAAGUCACAAAAGUGACGAAAGUCUGAACAAAUCCACGUCAGAUGACGAUAAAGUGUCCGUGGUUCGUGCCUCCGGAACAUUUUUCCCCGAAAAUUCGGAUCCCGAGUCUCUGAAUACCUCUCAAAACUCGUCUUUUGAUCAGUCCUUGUGUGAUCGCCCGUUCUGCAAAUUGAAGCGAAAGACGCAUCAGCAUUGCGAUUUGUGCAAUCAAGCAUUUUCUGAUGCCGCCAAGUUGGAAAUUCACAUGCUGAAGCACCAGGCGACGAAAUUGGGCGCGAAUUUCAUGGAUGCCGAACGGAAACGACUUGAAGAGAACUCGGUGGAGCUCUUGCCGAUUCCGUCGACGUCGAAACAGCAGCAACAACCCCAAGACUUGAGUAAGCCUAGUCACGAGCUCGACGGUUCCGGAGCUUUUCCCGACAAUUUGGCUUUGCAAAAUUUCCAUUUGGCGCAACUUGCGUUACAAUAUCCCUUCUACUAUCAAGGCAUGAAUCCCUUUUUGGCGGCUCAAGCGGGAUUUCCGGGACUUUCUGGAUUUCCUUCGGCUGCCCUUGAACCUCAACCUUCCACAAGUUUGAAAUCUGGUCCCGCAAACCCUCUUAUUCCGUCUCAUUUCUCCUUCCCAAACUCCCUUGAAUUGACCAAAAUUCCCCCGGAGCUCCUUGGACCGAUGGCAGAGUUGCAAGAAUUUAACAAAGGCACGGCGGGAAAACGUAAAUCCGAUACGGAACACGCUUACGAGCUCACGAAUCGCAUUAAAAUGAUGAAAACGGCGAAGAAUGCCGCACAAGCUGCUGGCUUGAAGAUGUUCAAAGACGAGCCAAUUCCCACGGGAUAUCUCAAAUUUCGUUUUAAUGAGGAUUGUAACUUUCCGAAUUGCGGGUAUCGCAAUCACCAAAGCCAUUUCCAUUGUUGCCGGCAAGAUUGCUUCUACAGUUUUUGUGAUAAGACGCGUUUUGUGCAGCACACGGCACGGCAUGAGCGUCUGGAUAAGUUGAUGGGUGAUGAUUUCAAGCAAUAUCGCGCCAAUAUGCGGUGUGGCGUCGAUGAAUGUGCUUACAAUAAGAAUUUAGGUCCCAACAACAAAUCCUCCCACUUCCACUGUCUCAAAUGUGAUUUCAUCUGCUCGGACACGAACAAAGUCGUGGCACACCGACGGCAACACAGCAAAAUGGAGUACAUCCGUGAAGCGGGCUUCCGCAAAAUUGCCAAUAACGAAAAAUGCAACUCCAAGGACUACGACAGUCCGAAUCUCGAAUGUCCGUACUCGCUCAAGCAAACGCACUAUCAUUGUCUCACGUGCGACGGCAAUGUCCUGAGUCGCGCACAACUGAGUGCACAUCGGCACCGACAAACCUCGACGUCGUCCUAAACUAGAAAAAAAAUUGUAGAUUUUAAGUUUACCUCAAUUUCAAUCGGUAGAAAUAGUUUAAUUUUAGAAAAAAUAAUUAUUUAAUUUAAAAAAAAUCUCUCUUUUCUUACCAAUAAAUUUAAAUUCUUCUUAAAAAUGUAUAAAAACUGCAAUCCGUACU